UUUAAUAUCUAGCUUGAGGUCCAUAAUGCAUAAUCUCCCACUUCUGUGAAUUUUUUUUAAUGACUUUCUACCAAUUACUUAUCUUCCACAAAUAAAGCCAAUUUGACAUAGGGCGAUGAUAUAUAGAAGAACUCUAGCUUAUUUAUUGACCUAUAGCUUCAUUGUCGACUUGUCGGUUUGUAGAACACUUGACAGAGACUGAUCAGUCUCAACUGUUUCAUCGUCUUAACUUCCACAAUUUUAGGAACGAAGGCAAUUUAUGUACGAUUAAAGCUAUGGAAAAGGCAUGCUAAGCGGGAAAAUGCUAGUAUAGCUUUCAUCACCUCAUUAACUAUCGUGCCCCAAUAAGAUAUGUCUGUUAUGUCGCGCGAGGUUUUUCUUGUCGCCAAUAUGUUGGAAGUUGAUAAAAGGUAUUAAAAAACAUUCCAUUCUCUUGCUUGCAAGUUUUCAACUAUUUAUUGUUUGUGACAGCUGAAGUCAAAUUAAAGAAGUUGAAGGCCUGCAGAUGGAGAAAGAUGGCCAGUGGUUCAGAGUUCCCAUCGUUCCAGGUGAAUGAAGAGCGCCCAUUAAUUGCUGUUCGAGAUGGUGAAAUCACGAAGAAAGUCUGCAACUCCGUUACUACCAGAGUGGGAAGAGAAUCAUUUCAAGUGUUUGUCGAUAAAGUCUGAAACUUUCCAGCUUUCUGAACUUACUCUGUUCUGGGUUCUUCAGUUUCUGUUAUCAGUCUGAAGUUUUAUAUCAUGUUCUCCAUUUAUAUGAAGAAUAUGAAAAGCUUUCUGUUCCAUGGCAAAAUCUGAGCUCAGGUUCUACUGAAUCAAUGUACGAACCAACAAAGGAACCACUCCACCGAUCAGUCAGCUGAUCUCGGAGGUCGCCAUUGAAACCAUCGUUGUCCACGCUAAGAAAUCUCUCUCGGGCAUUUCAUCAAACACCUUGUCCGAAUCUCUGUCCAAAUCAAGGUAAAGAUAAGAAUAACACCUCACCUUGUCAGUUCCUUGCAUGAUUUCAUCCUUGUUGUAACAACCACCAGAAUUGCAUGCAUGUUCUAUACGUGUAUUCUGAAUCCUUCAGAACCCUAGCACCCCUUUUAGCCCAUUUGUCAGUCUUACAUGCAAAACCUGAAACUGCCCCUUAUUGCCUUAUCCACAUCCCUCUAUAAAAGCCAAACCAAACCCAUUUCCAUUCAUGCAAAACAUUCAUAAUCAGCUAAUUAAGCACAUCAACCAUGGAAGCUGUGAAAGAAAUUCCCAUCAGUGGCAGGAACCCAGAAGCCAAAUACAUCCGUGAAGGCCACCAUGAACACCCUUCUCUGCUUCCACUGAUAGACAUUCCCAUCAUUGACAUCGGCCAGCUCACUGCUCCUUCUGAAGCUGAUCAAAAGAUCCGCUCAGCUCUCAGCACACAUGGCUGCAUGAUUGUAACAAACCAUGGAGUGGAGAGUUGGUUUCUUGAUAAAUUGAGGAUGCUGUUCAAGCAAUUCGUGGCGCUGCCAGAAGAAGAGAAGCUCAAAUGGAAGAGGGAAGUUGAUGGGUUUGAAGGGUAUGGCAGUGACCCUGCCCCUAACGAUUUCCUUGCUCGCGAUUGGGGCGCCAGAUUGAGGAUCACUAUUCGUCCCGAGGAGUUCAGACAGCUGAAGUAUUGGCCUGAGAAUCCACCAGAGUUCAGGGAAGUUGUGGAUGAAUACAGCAGCAAGGUGGUAACAGUGUAUGAAGUCAUCCUGAAGGCACUAGCCAGGUCAAUGAACCUGAAAGAGACCAGCUUCCUGCACAAGAUGGGAGAGCCGUGGAUAAUGUAUGCAAGAUUCAACUUCUACCCUUCUUGUCCGAGGCCAGAUCUCGUCUUCGGCCUCAAGCCACACUUCGAUUCGACGGUGCUCACCGUUCUCCUGCAGGACAAAGAACUGGAAGGCCUGCAGAUUCUGAAAGAUGGGCAGUGGUUCAGAGUUCCCAUAGUUCCAGAUGCCCUUGUCAUCAAUGUUGGGGAGCAGCUAGAGAUACUGAGCAAUGGAGAGUUCAAGAGCUUGUACCACAGGGGAAUGGUGGAUUCAGAAAGGGAGAGAGUUUCUCUGGCUGUGCUCUCUCUUUCUAACCCGCAAUCGGGAGUCGAACCGAUUGAGGAGCUGGUGAAUGAAGAGAGGCCAUCGUUGUACAGGAAGGUGAUAUAUGAAGAAACCACUCAUUUCGAUUACUAUAAGAGUGGGAGGACACUCAUCGACGAUGCCAGAGUUUGAAGUUCUCUUGGAUAAAGUCUGGAACUUUUUCACUUUUAAAAUUUGCCCUGUUCCAGAUUUCAACCUCUGGAAUCUGAAGUUUGUGUUCUGCUCCAUGUAUGUGAAAAAAUAAAGCCUUCUGGAGGCAAGUUCCAGCUUCUAGUGUCUGGAAGCUGAAGUUUAUGUUAUGCGCCAUGUAUCAGAGAAAAUAAAGACUUCUGUCGAACCCAAAAUCUGAGUUCUGGUUCUAACAAAUCUUUUGAACGUCUGAAUGAAUGAAAGAAAGAAUGAAAACCGGAGAAUUCGAUGCACUGCAACCAAGUAGUUGAUCUCGAAGGAGGCCAUACCGUUCUUCCGCAAUUCGAUACCCAAGUGCAGCACUCAAGCUACAGCUACAGAAAAAGCACAGUAGCUCCUCUAUGGUACUUACUACUAACCAAUUCUCAGUAAACUAGGAGGCAAGGAAAAGUAACGGCAAAGACAGUCACGCCUCAAAUAGAAAAGAGGAAUUGGCAAGACCAAAAAGAUGUCACUGAAAAUGAGCUCGAAAGAUGAAUGAAGACACUGGGAUUAC